AUGUUCCAGACUGUUAGAACUGUUUUCACCUCCCUCGAUGCCACCGGCAGCAACGGCCCCCUCACUUUGAACGAUCGAACCUCCAGCUUCUAUGUCAACGAGCACCAGGGAGAUGGCCUCUUCACCCACAAGACCGUCACUGAGAACAACCUCGGAGGCAUCCGCGGUGACGAUCCCGCCAACAUCCUCCCCACCUACAGCUCCUAUGGUGCUUACGGUGCUUCCGAGUAA